UAUGAUAGAGAAAGCGAGAAAGAGAGAGAUAGAGAGAGAGAGAUACAGAAGAGAGAGAGUGGAGCUGAAGAAGCAGAUCGAACUCACCAACCUCCCGAAACACCAGAGAGAGAGAGAGAGAGAGAGAGAGAGAGAGAGAGAGAGAGAGAGAAUCUCAGAGAAUCACAGUUCGAGACAGUAUUUCCUAUAGAAAAGUUUAUUUUAUUCUUUAUUUUGUUUAAUUUUCUUGCUUAUUUUUCCGUUCGUUUGUUAUUUGAAUUUUUGAUACUAAGCUCAAAUGGAGACGAUCAUGGCGAACUACGAGCUCCAAGCUUGUGGUAUUAGUUAGUCUUUUACUUUUUAGGGCUUCGUUUUUGCUUGCUCGCUUGUUGAGCUCUUCGUUGCUCUCUGUAGAGAGUUCAUUUUUCUUCUCUCUCUUCACUUUCUCCCCGGAGAAUGGGUUGGCGGAGAAUGGUUUCUGGAAAUUUGGAUCCAGAGAGGAAGAGGAGUGGGGGGCUAAGGACGAAGCAGGCGGGGAGAGGGUCGUGCCGUGGGAGUUAGGCUGGAGAGCGGGGUCGCCGGGAAAUGUACGAUCUCCGGCACUGAGCUGUAUUAUCUCUGCGUGCAUCUAUCUUUAAGUUCAUCAACGUCUUCGUCUGCUUACGCAUCUUUAUUUAUCGCAAGCCGGAGCUAUGGGGUUUCUGUUAAAAGAAGUUCUCAAGACUCUCUGUGGCUCGAAUCAGUGGUCUUAUGCCGUUUUCUGGAAGAUCGGUCACCAAAACCCUAAGUUGUUAAUUUGGGAAGAAUGUCAUUAUGAGGUGAUACCAUGUUCUUUUGCUCCCCUGAUCCCUGGAUUUGAGAGCUCAAGACUGCCUUUGGAAGAGUGGGAACCAUGCUGUGUUGCCGCUGAGACUCAUACACCUCGGCCUGGUAUUCAAGCAGCAAACAAUGUUCACCUACUGGUUGAAAAGAUGAUGAUGAAUAAUCAGGUUAUUGUUGUAGGAGAAGGUAUAGUUGGGCGGGCUGUCUUCACUGGAAACCACCAAUGGAUUCUUUCAGAAAACUACAUUACAGAUGCCCAUUCAAGAGAGGUUUUAAACGAGCUACAACAUCAAUUCUCUGCUGGCAUGCAGACAGUUGCAGUUAUUCCCGUGCUUCCGCAUGGUGUUGUUCAACUUGGUUCGUCCUUUGCUAUUGUGGAAAAUUUGGGCUUUUUGAAUGAUGUGAAGAGUUUAAUUCGACUGGCAUCUGUUCCGGAUGCUCUUUUAUCUGAUAACCACAAAAUAGUAGAGUCUAACCCAAAUAUCUCUCUUGGAACCUCUAUUUCUAUCGAAGCAUCUGGAGAUUAUAAGGUGACAAAUUCUGCUCCUUUCAUGGGCAACAGCUGCAACCAACGAGGCAACUCAUUGCUAGGUUCAAGGCAAGUUCAUGGUGGUCAAUUUUCUGAUUUUUUAAUUAGACAGAUUCAGGAAAACCAUAAGGAUGGUUCUGUUCAAACACCUAAUCCAACCCAAACUUUGGCUGCUUCUCAUGAUAGCCACUGCCAUUCAAAGAAUAAACCUGUAAUUAAGCAGAAUCAUCCUUUCAAAAAUAAACUGAAAAAUGGAAUUCCGGGGGUUGGGGUGAUAACUGCGAAUCCAGAUACAUGGUUGGACCAGCAGACUUCUUCAUACAAUUCAAGGUCUGUAGUUAAUAAUCAACCUGAUGUUGGUCAAUCAAGUGCAGAUGAUAGCGGCCUAAGAUUCAUGGCACAAGGGAUGUUAGAUGACGGUGUACGGAAUCAUGUUAAUAACAAUCUUAGUACAUCAACUAGCUUUAUCAAAUCUUACCUAAGUGCAGGUAGAGGCAUGCUCCCUAAUUCCUAUGGAAGCUUGGGUACUACCCAGGUGCAUGAAGGGAGUGAGUUUAUUGAUGGUAUGAGUAAUUAUCCAAGACCAUUAUCUGCUCCGUGUUCUCUUUUGAACCCACAUGGAUCGACUGAUGUUAAUUUCUCCUGCACACAUUUGGAUGGGAUUGAGAUUCAGAAUUCCAAUUCAGCCACAACAGAGGUGGUGCAUGCAUCCAGCAUGUCAAAUCAUUUAACAGCUUGUCACUUACCUUCAGGGGGCUCCAAUAGCAGACAUCCCUCUGCAGAUGAGAUGCAAAACCAAAUUGAGCUGUCUCCAGGAAAAUCACUGGUUCAAAAUGAUUUAUUUCAAGCCUUUAACACCCCUUUGUCCCAUGCAGAUGAUUAUAAGAUUUUGAAUGGGCCCAAACCUGGUCCCCUUCAUGAAUUCCUAAGCCACAAGAAACAGACUCAUGGUGCAAAUUCCAGAAGGGAUGUUUACAAAAAUGCAUGUGUCAGUCCUUCAGCAGGGGAUGACUUGAUUGAUGUUUUGGGUGUGGAUUUUAAAAAAAAACUACUUAGUGGGGAUUGGAAUCAUAUUCCUCAUAAUGAGACAAAUGUAAAUACGGGAAAUUUAGGCAAGAAAACAUGUGCGCCAGUUAAUCUGAACUUGAAGGAUGCAUAUUCUGACCCAUGUUUAGUUAGUCAGGGAAUCUCUGAGAGUGGAAUCUUCUCAGGAACUGGUACUGAUCAUCUUUUAGAUGCAGUAGUCUCUAGUGUACACUCUGCUUCUAAGCAGCACUCGGAUGAUACUAUAUCUUGCAAGACAACUCUGAAAAAAAUUAGUGGCUCCUCUAUUCCUAGAACUUCUCCUAGUUAUGGCCAGGUUGCUAUGUCUAAUAAUAUGCAAGGGGAAUUAUUUGGCCUUCAGAAGGCCCUGGAUAAAGCAGGGGCAGGGGGAUCUAAUUCCUUUAUAUCUAGCUGUAGCCAGGAUGGUGUGGGAAACAGUUCUCAAACAAAUUCCAUGUAUGGAUCUCAGAUGAGUUCAUGGGUUGAACAGGGUCAUAAUUUGAAGCGUGAUAGUAGUGUUUCAACUGCAUAUUCUAAGAAGCCUGAUGAAGUUAGCAAACCAAAUCGCAAGAGGCUUAAACCUGGAGAGAACCCCAGGCCUAGGCCAAAGGAUCGACAGAUGAUUCAAGAUCGCGUGAAAGAGCUGAGGGAAAUUGUACCAAAUGGGGCAAAGUGCAGCAUAGAUGCGCUGCUGGAACGAACCAUCAAGCAUAUGCUUUUCUUGCAGAGUGUCACAAAGCAUGCAGACAAACUGCAACAAACUGGGGAGUCUGAGAUUAUUAGCAAGGAAGGUGGACUACUUUUAAAAGACAAUUUUGAGGGAGGAGCAACGUGGGCAUUUGAAGUUGGCUCGCAGUCCAUGGUAUGCCCCAUUAUAGUGGAGGAUCUGAAUCCACCUCGUCAAAUGCUUGUGGAGAUUCUUUGUGAAGAACGUGGUUUCUUUCUAGAAAUAGCUGACAUAAUUAGAGGAUUGGGACUGACAAUCCUGAAGGGGGUGAUGGAAGUUCGGAAUGACAAGAUCUGGGCACGGUUUGCAGUAGAGGCAAACAGGGAUGUUACGAGGGUGGAAAUAUUUAUUUCACUUGUUCGCCUUCUGGAUCAAACUGUGAAGAGCAGUCCAUUAUCAGCCAAUGGUAUUGUUGAUAACGAGAAUAUGAUGGUGCACCACUCUUUCCACCAAGCUGUCUCUAUUCCUGCAACUGGUAGGACCAGUAGUUUUCAGUGAGCAACCUGCGAUUUUAAUUUUCUUGGUCUGGGUAAUGUUGAGAGCGAGCUAAAUUUUUGCUUGCCAUGACUAACAUGGAUUCCGGACUCUAUUUUUUCAGGUGGUUCUAACUCUUUUUUGUUUUUUUUGACUGAAUUUUGGUCUGCAAAAGUGGAAACUAGAACUGUUAUCACUUUGUAGUGGGGGAUAUUAGUAUGUUCAGUUUGUUAGGAAAAUGCUCAUCGAUCAGGAGCUUAGUGCUAUUGGAGAUGAAUUUCUGAGUGUUUUGUAAAAUCGCGUUCUGAGAUUUGAGUAAAUGUUGAAAUAGGUACCCCAUUCAAGCAUAUAAAGAAAUGUGAUUGGGCUGUCCCUUUUUUACAUGCA